UUCCACUUUCUUCAAAUAUUUAAAUUCCGAAACGUUCUUCGUUACCCCUCUCAAAAUCACAGCGAAAAAAAAUCAACUCUUUUUCCAGAUUUAAUAGCAAAAAUGGCGUUGAGACCCAUUGAUAAUGCACUCCCGACCACACCAGAAAGACCCAAGAAACAAGCCAAAGUGUCGAUUCCGAUUCAAACCCAGAGAAAACCGUCGGAUUUUGGUGUCGUCAAUGACGAGAAUAAGGCCCCUUUACCACCAUCUGUUGAGGCCUCCGUUGAUUACAUAUCCUCCGAGAAUCUCAAACCCUUUCAAGACCCAGAAUCCAAAAUCCAAAGCUUAGUUGAAGGGUUAGAGUCGAAGGAUUGGAUUAAGGUCUGCGAGUCCUUGAAUGACGCUCGGCGUUUCUCUUUAUAUCACUCCACACUACUGCUUCCAAUCUUAGAGAAGGUAAUAUGUGUAGUGGUAAAGGCAAUGAGUAACCCGAGAAGUGCCCUUUGCAAGACCUCGAUUAUGGCUGCUACCAAUAUCUUCAAUGCAUUUGGUGAGAAGUUGCUCGAUAUCACCGAUUUCGGUGCAUUUGAUCGGUUGCUACUGCAAUUGUUACUAAAAGCUUCUCAAGACAAGAAAUUUGUAUGUGAAGAAGCAGAUAGGUCGUUGAAAGCAAUGGCGAACUCCAUUCCUCCUUUGCCUCUGCUUAAGAAGCUAUGCGGAUAUGUUAACCAUCGCAACCUUAGAGUCCGAGCUAAAUCUGCUGUUUCCGUUUCAAACUCUGUUUCCACGAUGGUCGUCGAAGAAAUGAAAGAGUUCGGGUUAGUUACACUGCUUCAACUGGCUGUGGAUUUGUUGAGUGAUAAACUCCCCGAGGCCAGAGAAGCGGCGAGAAACAUCGUGUUUUCGGUAUACAAGGCGGCAUUUACUGAAAAUGGAGUUGAGGAUCCAGAGGCUUGGCAAAGCUUUUGCCUGACCAGCUUGUCACCCAUUCAGGCUCAGACUAUGAUCAAAGUUGUCUCUUCUUAGUAGGGUUUUCAGAGUAAAGCUUUUAGCAGCAGCUCACCCGGUUGUGGGUAGAGCUUAGGUUCAUGUAGAUGCUGCCUUUACAUGACUUAGAAUAACACAUUUUAUGUUAUUUCUUCUUGAAUUAAGUGAAAGUUCCGAAUUC